CAUCACACUCCGCAACGAGUACCACCAUCAACAGCAUUAAUUUUAAACUCUUGGGUGUUCAUCAUUUUGUUGCGAGUAGAUUUAUUUUAAUUUAUAUAUUACGAGAGAAGAGAAUAAUUGGAAAAGUCUUCUGAUAUUAAUUAUUGUUUUUUGUGCCAUCAUCAAAAAGGCUUGUUGGAGGAGAAGAUUUUGAAGCGAAAAUGUUUAUGAAUAAUAGUUUACCUACAUCAUCAGAGAGGGAUUUUGAUAGUAAAGAAAAACAAAUUAGUGCUCAAUAUGCUAAUUUAUUGCAACGAUCGAAUAGAUACUUCUCCGGGCUGAGAGAACUUCCACAAACUGGACAAAGAAAAGUGUGGGAGCCAUACUUUCGAAAGACAUUCGAAGUAUUCACACAACUGUGGAAAUAUCAAUUGGAACAUCGUUCUGUUUUGGAGAAGAAGGCCAAUUUGAAGAGGUUUGAAAUUGGUGAAAUUGCAUCACGUAUUGGUCAACUCUAUUACUUGUACUAUUUAAGAACAGGUGAUAUCAGAUAUGUCUAUGAAUCCUAUAGAUUUUAUGAAGCAAUUCAUACAAGACAAUAUUUCAAAAAUAUUGAAAGAGAAGACAAUGCUCAACUUUAUCACGGAAUGCUCAGAUAUUAUGCUAGAUUUAUUGUUGUUUGUUUACUAGUUAACAAACGACAAAUCAUUUAUGAAAUUUUACCGGAAUUUAAAGAUAAUGUCAGCAAUUAUUUAACACAUUUUAAUAUUGGUGGAAAAGGAGGAGAGGAAUGGGAAUUGCUCAUUAAUGAACUUGAAAACUUUUUAAAAGCCGAAACGAGUGUUACAAUCGAUCAAGCUGUUGAUCUAAUUAACUAUAGAUCAGCUGUUCAAUUUCCAAAAUCUAAAAGUAGAAGAAACAAUAUACCUAAUUAUUUAUUUGAUAAUCGAAGUGGCAACAAUACGCCUUCUUCCUCAGAUGAUUCAUCACCAUCCGAUAUUACUUCUCCUGUUGAGGAAACAAUAUUUUCACAAAUGACAAGUUCAAAUUAUAUUGUCAAAAUUUCAGAUGCCAUAUUGAUGACAAACAGAAAAUCAACAGUCAAAUUCAGUGAAUUAACCUUGGAUGUUUUUAGAAUUAUACAAUCAUUGGAAAAGAAUUCACUCAACGAGAAGCAAGCAUCCAUUCGUAAAACCAUGCUCUACAGACCAACUGUUUCCGAAAUGUUAGCAAGCUUAUCGAGUAGUGUGGAUAUUUCUGAGAGUGUUGACACCACCCAAAAUACCAAUUUUGCUAAUUUUAUUUACAUUUCGGCUGAUGGAGCCAAAGGAGGAGUUUCACUAAAUUCCAAGAGAAGAAGCAAUCAACAAUAUUCUUUCGAUGAAGAGUUAUCGACAGAGACUAGCCAUUUUAUGGAUCCUAACAGCCUUACAAUAGAUGACAUUUUGCCAUUCACAAGAAAGCCACUAUUUUUAGUUGUUGAAAGUGAGAAUUCAACAUCUCUAAUGCCAAAACAUAAUAGAUUCCCAUCCUGCUUUGUUUGUUUAUUCUCCCCUAAACUUUACGUCUCUCAUCUCUCCAAUACCUCAAUGAUUGGAUCCUUCUUUACACACUUCCUUGCAUCACCAAUUCUUGCCUUGUGCACGUUGACAAAGUUGGAAAGUGUGAAAAAUAUUGAAAAGAAUGUUUAUAGAGAAUGUGAGAGUAUUUUAAUUAAUUCCUUUACCGAGAUGCACAAGAUUCUCUCUCAAGAUGACGAUUUGGAUAUUUCACUCAAACUAUAUUUGGAAAAUGAAACAACGAGACUUUACAUUUUGAGGUUUAUUCUUUGCAGAUUUUUAUUGGAAACUUACCUACGUGCUAAUAGUGAACUCGUUUUAGGGCAUCACUUGCAUUCAUUCCUCCCAACUUCCUAUCCAACUAUUCCACACGUUUCACAGGACGUAUUAACCAAGACUGUCACUCAAAUUCUUGAAAGAUUGGAGAUUGACUCGAAACUUUUUGAUAUUUAAUUUAUUAAAAUUUAUAAUUUACUUGCUCGCAU